CUUACUUCUCUUGCUCUUACACCUUUCACCUUUCAUCUCCUGUACCUUCAGCACUCACACCCUACACAAACCAUCAUGUCUGGCGCAGCGAAACAGCGUCUCCAAGCCCUCAGCCAACAGCUCGUCGAGGGCAUCCCCGACGCCGGGUCCUUCGAGGGGAUGCCGAAGAUCCGUCAAGUCGCGGGGGAUUCAGUCGGACCUCGCGUCAAAGAUAAAGUCGCCAUUGUGACCGGCGCAAACUCCAUCGCCGGCAUCGGCCGCGCAGCAGCGCACCUCUACGCCGCCAACGGCGCCAAAGCCGUCUACAUCUGCGACUUCAGCACAAGCAACCUCGACGCGCACGCGCGCGAACUCAACACCCUCUACCCCUCCGUCUCAAUCCACGUGCACCAAUUCGACGCCGCCGACUCCACCGCCGUGUCAGCCGUCAUCACCGACGCAAUCACGCGCUACGGCCGGUUAGACAUCUACUUCGCGAACGCGGGCAUCGUGGGCCAACCGAAGCUCUUCACCGACAUAACCAGCGACGAGUUCAUGAGCACGCUGCGCACGAACACACUGGGUGUGUUUUUGGCCGUGAAGCACGCGGCCGCGGGGAUGCGGAUCACCUCGCCGCAGAAACAGUAUCCGGGGGGCUCGAUAAUCUGCACGGCGUCGGUGGCGGGGCUGCGCUCGAACGCGGGGUCGACGGAUUACUCGGCGUCGAAGGCAGCGGUGGUAUCGAUUGCGCAGACGUGCGCGUAUCAGUUGACCGGGUCCGGGGUAAGGGUGAAUGCGAUCUGUCCCGGGUUGAUUGAGACGGGGAUGACGCAGGCGUUGUUCGAUACGGCGAGGGAGAGGGGCACGCAGCGGAAGAUCGGGCAGUUGAAUCCGUUGCAGAGGGGGGCGGUGGCGGAUGAGGUGGCCCGGGUGGCGCUGUUCCUUGGGAGUGAUGAGAGUAGCUACGUGAAUGGGCAGGCGUGGGCGGUUUGUGGGGGGUUGAGUGCGGGACAUCCGUUCGUGCCGGGGAAGUUGGCGUGAGCUGGUGGUGUUCUUGUGUAUAUAUGCGUACGG